GAGGGCCGCUCGGUCCCGUGCGCUGUCUCGGCCAAGAUGGCGGCGGGGACGGCAGCGGCCGUGGCCCGGCUGGAGGGCCGCGAGUUCGAAUACCUCAUGAAGAAGCGCUCGGUGACCAUCGGCCGCAACUCCUCGCAAGGCUCGGUGGAUGUGAGCAUGGGCCACUCCAGCUUCAUUUCCCGCCGGCACCUCGAGAUUUUCACCGCCCCGCCCGCCCAGGCCCCGGCCGCCGCCGCCGCCUCCAACAACAGUACCGGCCCCGCCUCAGCCAACGCCACCGGCGACGGGGCCCAGUCCCAGCCUGCCGCCGCCGUUGCUGCUACUCCUUCGUCUGGCGGCGGCGGCGGCGACUUUUAUUUGCGCUGCCUCGGCAAGAACGGCGUCUUCGUGGACGGGGUCUUCCAGCGACGGGGGGCGCCGCCGCUGCAGCUGCCCCGAGUAUGUACAUUCAGGUUUCCCAGCACAAACAUCAAGAUAACAUUUACAGCUUUAUCCAAUGAAAAAAGAGAAAAACAGGAGUCCCCGCAGUCCCCAGUGAAACCUGUGCAACCCCAGAUCUCUCCCCUAACAAUAAACAUUCCAGACAACAUGGCUCACCUGAUCAGCCCUCUACCUUCUCCCACAGGAACCAUCAGUGCUGCAAAUUCCUGCCCAUCUAGCCCCCGUGGUGCAGGUUCUUCAGGGUACAAAAUGGGUCGUGUAAUACCAUCUGACCUGCAUCUAAUGGCUGACAAUUCACAGUCAGAAAAUGACAAAGAAGCAUCAGGGGGAGAUAGCCCAAAGGAUGACUCAAAGCCCCCUUAUUCCUAUGCACAACUAAUCGUACAAGCAAUUACAAUGGCACCUGAUAAGCAACUCACACUAAAUGGAAUUUAUACGCACAUAACUAAAAACUAUCCUUACUACAGGACAGCAGACAAGGGCUGGCAGAAUUCAAUACGUCACAACCUCUCUCUGAAUCGUUAUUUCAUCAAAGUUCCACGUUCCCAGGAAGAACCAGGCAAAGGCUCCUUCUGGAGGAUAGACCCGGCCUCUGAAAGUAAAUUGAUAGAGCAGGCUUUUAGAAAAAGGCGGCCGAGGGGAGUACCAUGCUUUAGAACCCCACUGGGACCUCUGUCUUCUAGAAGUGCCCCAGCUUCCCCUAACCAUUCGGGAGUGCUGUCUGCUCACUCAAGUGGUGUGCAGACCCCAGAGAGCCUGUCGAGGGAAGGGUCUCCUGUUCCAAUGGAGCCUGAGCCAAGCACUAUCCAGCCAAAGCUAGCAGUGAUACAAGAAGCACGAUUUGCACAGAGUGCUCCAGGAUCGCCCUUAUCUAGCCAGCCCGUUUUAAUUACCGUACAGAGGCAGCUACCACAAACUAUGAAACCUGUCACGUACACUGUUGCAACUCCUGUGACAACAUCGACAUCCCAGCAACCUGUAGUACAAACAGUUCAUGUUGUCCAUCAAAUACCAGCUGUGUCUGUCACAAACGUGACUGGAUUAGCACCAGCAAAUACUUACACUGUGGCUGGUCAGGCGGUGGUCACGCAGGCAGCAGUGGUGACCCAGCCUAAGGGAGAACCUCAAGAGAACGGAGACCACAAUGAAAUGAAAGUUAAAGUGGAGCCUAUACCUGCAGUUAGCCAUACAACUAUAGGAGCUGCUAGUCGGAUCAUUCAGACCUCUCAGACUGCACCUCUACAGACGGUCACCAUAGUGCAACAAACACCUCUAGGUCAACACCAGCUACCAAUAAAAACUGUAACGCAGAAUGGAACCCACAUAGUACCCAUCACCACAGCAAUUCAAGGUCAGGCCAACACUGCUGCUGCAAGUCCCUUACACAUGUUAGCUACCCAUGCGUCUGCUUCAGCUUCUCUUCCAACGAAACGUCAGAACGGAGACCAGUCUGAACAGCAAGAAUUGAAACGUAUCAAAACAGAGGAUGGGGAAAGCAUAGUCAUUGCUGUGAAUGUUGACACCCCAUCUGUGGCAGUGAGUGAACAAAGCGGCCAGAACUAGGAACUUAGAGGAAUAUUUCUUUUUAAAAUAAUGCUCCAUGGUGCCAAAAGGAGACAUUUAAACACCUAAACCAUUGAACAUGUUCUCACGCAGUGGGGAAAGGGGCCCUGUGAUCAGACUUCAACUUUCAGCACUGAGAAAAAACACAGGUGGCCUUAGAACUUCUAAUUUAAGCAAAGAAAUAAAAGUAAAACUGUUAACCAUCUUGUUCCAGAGGCUGUGACCCCCCCCCCUUCCUCCCCACUCCUCCUUGCCGUUCUGAAGUGACUCUGUAUACAUUGAGAGAUACAAAAGUUGGGGAAAGCUGCAACUUUAAAAAACCUCUACUGGAUUAUUUAAAGGACUGGGUCUCUCGAUAUAUCACACAGCAUGAUAAGCGCUUCUUCGUAUGACCGGAUUUGAAGCGAUUGUGUAUUCCUCAAAGGGAACAGAGGCAAGGAGCCAUUUCCUACAUCUUGGCAGCUAGCCUUUCAUAAUGACCUACCCGAUGCAGUUGUUGGUAGAUAUGCAGUAUUUUGUUGUUCACAUGUGGAAUUAGAAAUUUUUGACGUGUACUUUCAUUUUCUUUUCAAAAUAAUGGGGUCUUUGACAUUUCAAAUCACUCCAUUUCUACUCCAGAAACUUUGGAAUCACACAAUACUUUUCAUGUGAAAUUUUGUUUGGUAAAACUGAAUGUAGGGUUUUUUAACCAAUGGAAUGAUUUAAUUUUGUCCUGUUAAAGUUCAGAUAAAGCUACUUUGUUACAUCUGCAAAUUUUCAUAUUUUAGCAGUUGCCUGAUAAAUUUAAUCAAAUUUUAUUACCUUGUGUAGUGAUCAAAUGCUUCUUUGGGCUUGCAUGUAACUGAUUAGAAAUUACAGUGUAAAUGAGCCGUUAACUGACGUAAAGAACUGCUAUGAAUCUGACCAGAGCUGCACUUAUCUGUUUCUCUUUCUUGCUACCUUUUGCUGUUUGUUACUUUGUGUUGACUUUGACUGUCCCUGGCAUAUUUUUCCAGUCUAAAGUAAAACAAGAGUCUCGCUUAAUAUUGUGUAUGUUUAAAACGACCGACUGUUCAUUUAGAAAAGAGAAAAAUUCUUUAUCACAAGUCCUUUUAAAAAAGAAAAAAAAUCUUGUCAGAGGUAUAUUCAAUAUUUUUAAGCGUAAGCACCCCACCAGUAGAAAUUAAUCUGACGAGUUUAUCCUUAACUUUUGAUGUCAUACACAGACCUUCUGAGGUCUUCAUUAAGAGUAGCUAUUGUGGUUUUCUAACAGUGGCUACUGUGCUAUAAUAAAUGUGAUUUUUUUUAAAGUGUGUGUUCUGCAGUUGAACAUUUUAAAGUUACUUCUCAAGAGUUGUGAUAGUAGAAUACACCUUGCAUUUCAGAACUGAACUGAAUGAAAAGCGAAGGCUGCUCUUAUAUCCUUAAUUUGCACGCUGUCUUGUCACAUAUUAAGGUGAGUUAAAGGUGAAGACUGGGCUUUAAACCUUUGAUUUGUCCUCUCUCUCCCCACCCACUCCUGUUUUGGCAAUACCAUUAUUUAUGUCUUUUCUCCACCUUUACUUCAAGAACCACCUGUAUUUUCAUGAUGGACUGAAAUGGCUUGGAAUGGCUUAUAUUUAGACAGUUUUUGGAAAUUGUUUUAUCUGAAGACCAAAUACAAGAAAUCUGUACCAAGUAUCAUGUUAAACCACACAAUAGAGCUGUCACAGUGUCAAUGCGGAUAAUACAUAUUAAAAGAUUAUGAAAAAUU